AUGCUUGAACAUAUCAAAAAUCAAUUUUCUAAAAUCUUGUAUUUCUCUAUUUUACUAACAGAUUCACUUAUGUUUUCUAACCAUUUUAUAUUAUCACAUAUAAAUUGGUGUCAAAUAACUAAAAUAUUCCCUGUGAAUUCAUUUAUUUUAUCACAAUGUAAAUGGAGUCAUUCUAUUCAACCAUGCAAUCAAAUUAAUAAUAAUAAUAAUCGUAAUGAUAAUGUGGAAAGUAGUGAAUUUCUAGAAAAGCUUAAUACUGCGAAAGAUAACCUUCCUAGUGGAUCAACUUUAUAUCAAGAAGAUCAUCACUUUUCCCCGGUUAUUUCUCCUGAUCCUAUAUUUAAUUGGGAUGCUAUCAAAACUAGCGUAAACGCUAGACAUCUGCAUGAACAAUUCAAUGUGGAUAAAAUUAUAGAUUUAAAAAUACAAAUUGAUGGUUUACACGACAAAUUAACUACUUUAAAACAAAACAGAAUUUCUCUUUGUGAUCAAUAUAAACACAAUAAAAAGAUAGAUUUAAAAAUACAAAUUGAUGGUUUACACGACAAAUUAACUACUUUAAAACAAAACAGAAUUUCUCUUUGUGAUCAAUAUAAACACAAUAAAAAGGAUCCAGAUGAAAUUAAAGCAAGUGCACGUGCUCUACGAAAUGAACAAAAAUCGUUAGAGAUGUCAUUUAAAAAAUUGAAUUAUGAAUUUCGAAAAGAAUCAAUUCACUUACCCAAUAUUAUACAUUCAUUAACUCCUAUCGAUACAAUGAAGUCACAAAAUGCAAUAAAAUCAUAUCAUAAAAACAUCUGUGCCAGUAAAAAUAUACUUUGGUCUAAUCUAACAAAUGAUAAUUACAAUGAAGUUAUCGGAACAUAUUAUACUGGUCGUUUAGCGGAAUUAGAAUAUACUCAUAUGAAUAAAGUAAAUGAUUAUUGGCUCAGUCGAAUGAAAGAAGGUCGAUUAUGUAAUAUUCCUGUUUGUCUAUCAGACAUCAUCCGUGGGCCAGCACUAGAAGCUACUUCAUGGCCAAAUAUAAAAUCUGCAAUAAGAUUAAGACCAUCAAAGAAUGACAUGCUGUUAAUAGAAGAUUCCAAUACUGGAAUUAAUGAUUGGCUUAUUAAUCCUCAUACAACGGAUUAUUUAGUUGGCUCAGCUAGUCUUGCAGCGUUUUCCGCUUAUCUUAUGCUUCAUAGAGUUGAUCUAUUCACUAACUCAUCGUUACGUCUUAUUUCCAAGGGUUGCGUUUACAUGAACAAUCAUGCGAAUGAUAUUUCUCCUAAUUUAUCCAUCGAUCAACCUCAUUUCAAGUCACCUUUUCAUCAAUCCAAACAGAUAUCUGUUCUUGAACUUUCGAAAGAUUGGAAUCAAUGUGAAGCUGGUUUUCACAUUUUAGUUGAAGAAUUAUUUAAAUUUUGGCAACAUUAUCAACCAGGCUGGUCAUACAAGAUGAUUUAUACUGAAGCUUCUAAUUUAUAUGCUUGUGAAAUGUUACGAGCCGUUGUAUAUACCGAUAUGAGAACACUAGCUGAUGUCCCAAUUUCAAUUCCUCUUGCAUCAGUUUCUUUAUUGGGCGAUUGGAUUUCAAGACGUAUUACAACUAAACUUAAGAAAACCAAUAAUAAUAAUAAUAGUAGUAAUAAUAUUAAUAAUGCAAAUGACGAAUCUUAUCCUUAUAUGGUAUUUAUGAAUGCAUGGAACUUUCAAUGUUUAAUAGAUUCCUGUAAACAAAUUGGCUAUUUAGAUGAAUAUUCAUCAGCAAAUAUUGAUUAAAUUAACUUUUGAUUGUAAUUUUUAUCAGAUAAUUAAUUUUUUUUUCGUUUCAAAUGUGAACUAAUUGUACAUGUUCACAUUCUUUGUGUACAAUAUUCUCG